AUGCGCAUGCCUGUUCCCUUCACGCCGCUCGUUCCUGCCUUCCAGAUUACUAUCCUCCACAUCUAUCCAAAUAAGAAAUUAAUCACCAUCCAACAACGUGACGUGGCUCUUUGGUCUAGUGGUACGAUUCUCGCUUCGGGUACUCCCUGGGUUUGUAACUCAAACAUUCCCGAGUUCGAACCUCGGAAGAGUCCGUUGAAUCUUUUUUUGAGCCUUCAAUUGCUCGUCACAACGAGUGCUGUUGAGAGAGUUGAUCUGUUUGCGGAAUUUGUCGCUUAG